AAAAAUCAUUCUCUUUUUCUUUGUCAUGUUAUGGAUCAUGUCAGCAGUGAUGAGAUAAUGUACUUUUGUAUUGAUUGGUUGAUUUACAAACGCCAAUCAUAUAUUCGCCAAAUAUAUCGAUAUGAUUGGUUGUUGUCGUAGUUUGACCUUGACUGUCUCAAAAAAACAAAAAAAUUUCAAAUGUUUUUGUACAAUGGAUGCUACUUUUUAAUUUCAUCAUAAUAUUAAUUAUUUAUAAAAAGGGAUUAUUAUAUUUCGAAUGUUAAUACAAUUUUAAAUUACAAGUCAGUAAAAAUAAAAUAAAUAUGAAUGAAACCAAUGAAUCAAUGAUUUUAAAACAACACAAAUUACAUUUUAUACGUUUUCGUAAAUCAAUUCAUGCAAAAAUUGCUAAAACAAGUGCAUUAUGUUAUACAUGGAUUUCUUUGGGAUUAUAUAGUGAAGUGUUAGGUCCAACAUUGCCUACACUUAUGUUUAAUACAAAUUGUGAUUAUGAACAAAUUGGUAUGGCAUUAUCAACACGUGCAAUUGGUUUAUUAUUUGGUUCGCUGAUUGGUGGAAUCCUGUCGGAUCGAUUUAAAACAUGGCGAGCUGCUUUCAUCAUGUUAUCAUUAACGGUUGGCGCAAUCACAACAUUGAUUAUACCAUGGUGUCGAAAUAUUAUCAUUUUAACUAUGAUAUUAUUUAUUGCUGGCUUAUCACAUGGUUUUCUUACAACAAACGGUAAUCCACUACUCGCUUCAAUUUGGCAAGAAAAAGCUGCUGGACCAUUUAGUUUAAUGCAUUCCGGUUAUGGUUUAGGUGCAGCCAUAUCUCCUUUACUAGUGAAACCAUUUACAAUUCCAAACAACAACAGUAGUACUAAUCAUUCCAUUCAAACAAAUUUGGACAAUUCACAAUCAAAUAAUGAUAAUCCUCCUCAACUUCAACAUCAUCAAAACCAAAUCAAUUCAACUCAUUUAGCUUUAAUCAAUGCUGUUAUACCUUAUUCAAUUAUUGCAACUAUUGUUUUGUUUUGUGUUUUCUACUUUUUAAUCAUUAUUUUCAUUGAUCAUUUAACUAAUUCAACAUUCAAUAAUAUGAUUUUGUUUAAAUGCAACAAUCAUCAUCAUGAUAAUAAGGAUAUUGAUAAUGAUAAUAAUAUGAAUAAAGAAAUUACAUCGGAUAAUUCAAAAUUGCCCAACAAAUCCAAAUUAUCAUUUAAAUCAAAACUAUCAUUGAACUUUAUCAAACAUUCCUUACAAAAAUUUUAUCGAGAAAAAUUAAAAACUUUAAAAAAAAUUAAUGUUCUCAUAAUUUGUUGUAUUUUUAUAACAUUUUUCACUAUUGUUGGUAAUGAACGUGUUUUCGGUAAAUUUCUAUUCAUUUACACAUUAUAUGGUCCAAUUCAAUUUAAUUUAUUUGAUAGUUAUUUAAUUAAUCUAAUUUAUUGGAUAAGUUUUUGUGUAGCACGUAUUUUCACCUUUUUCAUUUCAUUAUGUAUAUCAGAAAAUAUUAUCUUGUUAUCAUUAACAAUCGGUACAUUGUUAAGUUCUGUUGGAAUGAUUAGUUUACCAUAUGAGAAAGUAUGGUUUUUUCUAUGUACUACAUUGUUCGGUUUAUUUAAAAGUCCAUUAUUCCCUGCAACUUUAGCUUGUAUUAAUCAAUCAAAUGAAAUCACCGGGUUUUUAAUUAUUAUUGUAAAUUUUGGUAGUUCUCUGGGUGCAACUUUAUUACAAUUUACUGCUGGUCGUUUAAUUCAAUUAUAUGGACAUGUCAUAUUUCCAUAUUUAGUUUGUGGCACAUCAUGUCUAUUGCUGAUUACGUCAAUUAUUUUAGUAAUUGGUUUAAAACAUAUUGGUAAUCGAUUUAAACGAGAUAAGAAUCAACAAAUUAUGAAAAUUGAUACGAGUAGUUGUUGUGUUGAUGAUGACGAGGAUGACGAUGGGGAUGACCAUCAUCAGGCAUCAUCAAUCAGUCAAAAUGAUCAAAUGCACCGUCAUUCAGUGAUCACUACAUUGCCACGAUCAAAAAUCAAUAUCCAAUCAGUAUAAUGAUGUUGAUGAGGAUGAGGAUCAAUGAUAGAAAAUCGGAUUAAAAAAAAAUCAUCAAUACAGUAGUGAACUUUCUCUCUUUCAGUUGCUAGUAACCAAUAUAUUUUCUUUUUGUAUCUCAACAAUAAAACCAAACACUUUAGAACACUAUGAUGUAAGUCCACAUAAACGUGUUAAUUCUCCCCAAAUGUUUUUUUCUCGACCUCUUUUUUCAAAUACCUCAUCGAAAUGUGAUUGUCUAUUUGUCUAUUUGCGAAAAGAAACUUUCUAUUUCUAUUUUCUGAGUUUGUACUCUUCUUUUUUUAUAACAAAAAGAUUUUUCUAGCUACACAAUAAAAAAAUCCGAUCAAUCAAAUCAUCUCAUCUCAGUAGUAUCAUUUGGACAUUGAAUAUUUGUGUUCACAUCAACUAUACUACUACUACUUACUGAUUUUUCUUACAUGGACAAAUGAUAAACAAAAAGAGAUUUUAAUUUUCAGCACAAUUAUGAUUGUUAUUUGAAUAAAUUAUUGAUCGAAAUGGAA